AUGCCUAUUACUACGUAUAAAUUUCAAGAACAACAACUAAUACCAGGCCUAACCUUGCAAAGUACUCGUGACAAUUCAAUAAUGACAAACAACGGUGACGACUCUGGUAUUGAUGACGUUAAUCAUAACAACUCUACGUCAAUAACUACAAUUCACGCUCAACAAAAAUUAAUGACAAAGUCGCGAAAUCACACAAUCAAGAAUCCUCCAGUAGCAGAAAGUCGAAUCAAGCAACCUAAGAAUUGGUCAGCAACAGACGACAUUACGAGUUCUAAACCCAACAAAAUAAAGACGACACCAGCGAUGAAAUUACCUGCACCUAGAAAAAUAUUAACCAUAAUAAUUAAUGACGUCCCAUGGG